GAUGCGUUUGCUUGAUCUUCUCUGUAGGCCAAGUCUCUGACGUAUGGCAUAUCUUUGAGUUGGUGAGUGAUGUGUGAGUGAUGAUCCUGUCCCGUCUACACAGAUGUCAGAGAGAAAGAGGAGAAAACUCUUGAGUAGACAGCUAGAGUGGCAUAUAGAGUGAAUGGAUGAGUAGCAAGGUAAAUUGAGAGAGAGAGAGAGAGAGAACAUGCUGUAGUGCACUACCUCAGCCCUUCAGUUUGCUGCAUGAUCUCACUCUGAGAGGUGGGGCAUCCUGGCAUCCACCUCUCUGACUGACACACAUAAAAGGCACAGACACUGACUGCCAAUCAGUGUUGUUGUGUCUAGAUACAGAGGAACAGCUGAUUCUUGCAGUCGUGCAGCUGCUGCUCCUACUACCCUGUCCUCGGGUGAAGAGCGAAAGACAGGAACAAAACGAGGAACAAGAAAACAAGCAGAACGAAGCACAGACAUGCCGCAAAACGUGUUGCUGGAAGGGCCUGCCCCGUGGGGAUUUCGACUGUGUGGUGGCAAAGAUUUCAACCAACCUCUAAUCAUCACCAGGGUGACUCCUGGCAGUAAGGCCUCGCUGGUUAACCUGUGCCCAGGAGAUGUCAUCCUAGCUAUUGACGGAGUCCCAGCAGAAGGGAUGACUCACACUGAUGCCCAGAACAAGAUAAAAGAAUCUACUAAUCAGCUGUGCCUCAAAAUAGAGAGGCCGGAAACCAAACUCUGGUCACCACAAGUCAUAGAGGAGGGCAAAGCACACCCAUUCAAAGUCAACCUGGAAGCAGAGCAACAAGACCUUGGCUAUUUCGAACACCAGUUUAAUGUCAGGCCAAAGCCCUUCACACCUGGGGGUCAAAGCAGAGAUAACACAUCUCAGAGGGUGAUGCCGAAUGUAGUUCAGGGGACUGCACCAGUUACUAAUCGCGGUCAGAUUGAAGCCCUGGCUCGUUCCACUCAGUAUAAUUCCCCCAUUAACAUGUACUCAGAUGCCAGUCUAUCAGAAGCUCUACAGCACACUCAGUUAUCUGCUGUAGCUGAUAAACCAGCAACAAGUGGAAAAACCCUGACAUCCAUUGAGGACUCGGAUGUGUACCGAAUGUUGCAGGAAGAUCAUGAAACUCCUUAUCAGCCUCGCCAAUCUGGCUCCUUCAAGGCCUUGCAGGAAUACAUAGAGAGUGACGGUACAAAGCCGAUGGUAACCAGAAGUGUCAAAGCUCCAGUGACGAAGCCUCAAGCAGCCGCAGCCUCCCUACAGAAACUGCCUCUGUGUGACAAAUGUGGCAAUGGCAUUGUGGGUACUGUAGUCAAAGCCCGGGACAAGUUCCGCCACCCUGCGUGCUUUGUGUGCUCUGACUGUGGCAUGAACCUGAAGCAGAAAGGAUACUUCUUUGUGGAGGGACAGCUGUAUUGUGAGACUCACGCUCGAAUCCGAAUGAGACCUCCAGAGGGACACGACUUGGUCACCGUGUACCCUAACGCUUAAAACGCGAAGCGUUAAGACGCUACAGCUCCAGUCUUCACUGCCUACUGAUGCUGCAACCCAUUGAAGCAUGCAGGAAUGUUUGCUGCUUGUUGAACCCUGGUCUGCUUUGUCUGCUCGAAGGGAAAUAUUUACAUUUUGUUGCUAGAUGGGUUCUCUUUAACGUAUAAGAGAAUGCUUGCUUGACGGUUUCAGUGCCCGAAUUAAGCGCCAAAUGAGAGAUUGUCAUUUUUGCAGUGCUGUUUUUGUUCGAAUGACAAAACUGGUUCUUUCAGGUGUAACAUUUUAAUUAUUUAAGACGUUUCUGUCAUGUAAUGUGAAACUAAUUCAAAAUGUACCGUUAUUCUCAAGGUCAUAUUUAUUUGUUCCAGAUUUUUUUUUUUAAACAUUGUAACUAAUAUUUCCUAACAUUAACACAUUAAUUUCAAAAGCCAGAGUAAAAAGUUUAAUGUGAAAAUAGACUCUACAGACACUCUCUUCGUAGCCACAUAAUUAAUCUUUUUUUAUAAUUAACCAAAACGGUGUUAAAGUGCUGAUGACACGAACAUGACUCUAUGCAAUUUCUUAAAUAAACUAUACAACAUGGCAAACAUGUUAGAUUUCUGUUAUAAUUACGUGAAAAGAAGCUGUUGUUACGCAAAUAUCCAACUUUUAAUUGCACAGCGCAAGAAAACUGGGUCCGUGGCUCGCGGCCAUGUUGUGACGUCAGCAGAAGAACACGCUGCGGUUCACUGGCUGUUCUACUCUGGUUCUGCUCAAUGGAAAUGGCGCAUGAAAACGCCGGUGAACUCUCUAGUGCUAGCUCUUCCUCUUCUGGGAGUCUAGAAUUGUGUUGAUCUCUUCCGAAUAGAAUCUAUGAUAGCCUACCCUCUUUUCCCUUUGCCUCUCGUUGCUAGGCGGCAGUUACAUGAAAGCCGCAAGCUUUCACAAGCAAAUACAUGACUGAUAUCACGCCGACUUUAUGAUUACAUUUAUGAUUAUCAUGUAGAAUCUAUAGCUCUACGUACCUUUAUCUUAUGUCGUUUCACAACACAUGUUCUGACAGGAGGACUGUCUUUGGAUCCGGCAUAGCUACUAGUAGACCCCCUCCGGAAUACUGGCAGUGUUGCCAGAUUGGGAGGAAUCCCGCCCAGUUGGGCGGUUUCAAGUGCA